AUGUGGAAAACUCCAAGUUGCAAGUUGUCCACUCACCUUGGUGUUAGGGUUUGUGAACGGCAGUUUAGUGUAUUCAGUUUUGUGAAACAGAGGUCUAACUUACCAGAAAUUAAGCCAGAGACUAAAGUUACAAAGAUGCCCUCCCGUUUUGGUAAAUACACUCGUACCGGGUUCCGGUAUGCCCUGUACGCUACAUUAGGUGCUACGGUAUUUUUUUCGUACAGUCUUUACAGGGAACUGCACCCCAGUAAGCGAAUUCCGCAAACCCCAACAUUCCCGAAUGGACAACCGAAGAAAACUUUGGUUGUUUUGGGCACGGGUUGGGGGGCUGUCUCUCUGUUGCAAAGUUUGGAUACCACCAUGUACAAUGUUGUCGUGAUAUCCCCCAGAAAUUAUUUCCUGUUCACUCCAUUGCUGACCUCCACACCCAUGGGCACAGUCAACUUGAAAUCCAUUGUGGAGCCGAUAAGGGCAAUCCUUGGACGGAGUAAAGGUGACGUGAAAUUUUACGAAGCUCAAGCUAUCGACGUGGACCCAGCGCAAAAGAAAAUACUGGUGAGAUCUGCCGUUGGAGAUAAAAAUAAUAAUGGGAAUGAAUCCAUCAGUGGUGAUCUCAAGUUGCCCGACCAUGGUGUCAAAAAUAUUUCAUAUGAUUAUUUGGUCGUGAGUGUUGGAGCCGAGUCUACUACAUUCAACAUCCCGGGUGUUCAAGAGAAUGCAUAUUUCAUGAAAGAGGUUACAGAUGCAGAGAGAGUCAGAGCACGAAUUUUGGAUAAUAUUGAAAAGGCCUCCUUCCUGCCCGUGGGUGAUACUAGAAGAAAACAGUUACUUAAUUUUCUGGUAGUUGGUGGAGGCCCAACAGGUGUGGAGUUUGCUGCUGAGUUGCAGGAUUUCGUCAAGCAAGAUUUAAAGAAGUGGCUACCUGAGCUGUCCAAAGAAGUCAAAAUCUCCUUGGUAGAGGCUUUGCCCUCCAUUUUGAAUAUGUUUGAUCAGUCCUUGAUUGACUAUACCCAAACGCUUCUCAAACAUGAGAAUAUUGACCUAAAGCUAAACACAAUGGUGAAAAAGGUGACCAAAAACUCCAUCGUCGCAAGCAACGAGGGUAAAGAGGUUGAAAUUCCGUAUGGGUUACUGGUGUGGUCAACUGGUAAUAAGCCAAGAGUCCUGACGCAGAAAAUCAUGUCAAAAUUAGAAGAGCAGACAGAUAGACGUGGACUUUUGAUCAAUGAUAAUCUGCAGUUGCUGGGUGCAGAGGACUCCAUAUAUGCGCUCGGUGAUUGUACUUUUCAUCCAGGAUUCGUGCCAACAGCGCAGGUAGCAUAUCAGGAAGGUCGAUAUUUGGCCAAAACUUUAGAAGCCUUGUUUAAAGUUGAACAAAUCAAAUGGGAACUCGACAACAACCAGGAGCUGCCCACAAAAAAGAUCGUUCGUCUACAAAAAGAGUUGAGUAAGCAUGAAUCAAGCAUCGUUGCCUUCCAGUACUCUCAUAUGGGGACUUUAGCGUACAUCGGGUCAGAAAAGGCAAUUGCCGACCUAAACAUUGCUGGAUCACAAUACAAAUUAUCCGGAGGGCCUCUUUUAUAUUGGUUUUGGAAGUCAGUUUAUCUGACAAUGUGUAUUUCUUUGAGAAAUAGGGUCAUGGUCACGGCAGACUGGAUAAAUGCUUACAUCUUCGGAAGAGAUUCAUCAGUCUGA